AGACUACAUCAUGUCGAUCGAUGUUGGAGGCGUUUGAAAGUGGCCAAAGGGCUUGCACCUCAGAAGUACCUGACUGAAGAUGGCGUACGCUAUUCUGGUGAACCAGACAAGUCGAGGGUCACAGAAGGUGAGACAGUUACUUGGGCGGCUGGCAAAGUGGGGCUGAAAAAGGGCAGUGGCGUCAGAGUCGGUGGCGGCAUCCAGCGUCAGCUGUGUGAUCGUCUGGAUUCGGACGAGGGGGCCUUUCAUGGCCGAGAAAUCCCGUCAGCAAUCAAGCGCUAUCUGGGUCUCUUGCCCACAAACCUACUGAAUGCUGAAGCCUUCGCCUCCGUCAUGGCGGCUGAGGAUCUCACUCGGUGUCUGCGGACGCCAGCAGGUCUGGCUCGGCCCUUAGGUCGGUUGCGAGCAGGCUUUGCAUCUUCGUUUUGCCGCUCCGGUUGCAAGCAGACUGAUUUCCGGGAGCGAGAGUGGCGCUUGGCCACACUGGACUUCUUGAUGCAGGCACCACCUCCGAGAGGUUUUGGCACUUCAAGCCAGCAACCGGAUGUCCCCACGGGCACUGGCCUUAUGCCGCACACCCUCUCUCUUCGGCUCUAUGGAAAACGCUGA